GGUCUCGGCGCCGGUCGGCCGCAGUCGGCCGCGCGAUCCCGAGCCGAGUGGCCGCGAGUGGCACGCUCUCCCCCUGCACGCGCACCGCGGGACUCUGUGGGAUUUUCGCCGACUGGGCACUCCCCUCCGUAGGAUUCGCUGAGACCCCGGAGGAGAGAGAGAGACCGAGCCAAAGGAGGGAUAGGAGGAUCGCCCGUCGAGAGAGAGCCGCAGGGAGAGACAGAGAGGGGUGUCGGUGUUAAGAAGCGCGCGAGGCGAGCAGGAGAGACAGAAAAAUGGGAGCGCGACAGAGCAAGAGGUCGGUCGACAUAACGACGACGCCGAAGAAGGAGGGCGUCCCGGCGGAGGGCGUCGGCGACGCCGCGCCCGGGGACGGCAAGCUGGAGAGAAUCGAGGAGACCGACGCCAAACCGACCAGCAACGGCAUAGGGCCUCACACGGACGCCGAGGAGAAGGACAAGGAUAAGGACGAGACCGCCGAGAAGGACAAGGAGAAGGUACCGGAAGACGGGAAAGCGGACGAGCCCAAACAGGAAGCCACGGCCGAGACCCCCGAAAAUGCAGAAGUGACGACGCCGACCGAGGCCGCUCCUGCCACCGUCACCUCGCCAGAAACCAAGGAAGCCAAAAAGAAGGACAAGCUGAAGAAGAAGUGGUCCCUCAGGUCGAUCAGCUUCAGCAAGAAGGAUAAGACCAAGCCGGCCCGCGAGGAGACCCCGAAGAACGGGGACGUCACAAAGGAAGAGCCACUGCCCGAGGGUGGCGAGGAAGCAGAAACCGCGGCGGCGAUCGCCGGCAGCCCCACAGAGGAGAAAUCCGCCGUGAGCAGUCCAACGGGAGCGGAGUCCGGGCCAGGUGGCGCCACCGCGGCCGAGGCGAAGGACGAGAAGUCCGCGGCCGCCCCGGCCGAGGAAAAGAAAGAGGAACCCACCCCCAGUGCCCUGCCCACUCCCGUCCCUGUCGAAGAAAAGAAAGAGGAUAACGAAAAGGUCGAGGCCGCGCCCGCUGAUAAACUCGAGAGCAAACCCGAGGUCAAGGCUCCGGUCGAGAACGCCGUCGCGAAAGAGGUCAGCACGACGGAAAGCGUCGACGAGGCCCCGACAAGUCCGCCACCUGCAGUCCCUGUUGAGGCCCCUGUUGCACCUGCGCCUGCAUCCGCACCUGCAAUCACCGAGGACGUCGCCUCAGUCACCAAGGCCAUAGAAGAGAUCGACAUAAACGAGAAGGCCGUCGCUGCGGCAGUAAACGAGUCCAUCGAAAGCGCCACCACGAACGAAAUCGUCGCCGAGACACGCCACCAAAACAUACUGAACGAAUAAGCGCGCCACUAACCGAAUUGUAUUUUGGAAAGAAGAAAGUUCUUUUCUCUCGUUAAAACCAAAAAAGUAUAUUAUAUAGAUAUGUAUAUUUGGACCAUUCCUGCAACUAAACAGAAAAAUAACGUUCUUUCGUUACGAGCGAGCAGCAAAAAAGGAAAGGAAGAGAGCCGAGCCGAGGGAAGAAAGAGGAGGAGAGAGAGAGAGAGAGGGACGCCGGCGAAGGGGCCCGACUUGCGACGCGCGUCGCGACGCAGACUUUAUAAGUAGAUCUAUUAAUUAUUAGACACGAUAUAUAUUCGAUGGUAGGCGAGCGAAGGAUUUUUGGAUAAACUACGGUCGAAUAAUUUAAUAAUUGAAACCUAGCGAGAGGGGCGCGCGAGGUGUCGGAGAGAGGGAGAGAGACUCUCGGGACGCGCGAUCGGUCGUUAAGCCGGUCACUUAAGCGACGAUUUAUUAAUGCUACUACGUAAGGGGAGCGAAGUAACGAGAGAAAGAGAGGGAAUAGCGAGGGAGGCGAGAGGAGGAGAGAAAUCGCGAGGGGCGCGGAGGGAUGAGAAUUUUAACAUUGGGCGGUGCCCAUCGCAGGCCACACUUACCCUGCAGUGUAGAAAUUUUAAAGUGUCAUUAAUUGUUAUUAAGAUAAGUAAUGUGCGCGCGAGCAACCAUUGCUUGGCGGACGAGCGACGGGAGCGAUGAGAAUUGAUGCGAGAAAGCGAGCGUGCGCGCAAGAGAGAGAGAAAGCGAGAGAAAGAGGGACUUAUUCGGGGGGUAUAUCGCGAGGCCGUGUAUACUCCGAGGGGAAAUACUCAAAAGGGUGGCGCCCUCCCAUUACGACACUACUAUUGUACACUGAGAAAGAAAGUAAGAGACGAGGAAAGAUGGCCUGAAUGGGGGUGAGAGAGAGAGAGAGAGAGAGAGUGAGGAGGUGUGCAAGGUACGCAGUGUCUGCUCGGAAAGAGAUGGAGGAGGAACAACGGCGUGGCGCGUGCGCGCGAACGGGAGCGAGAGAGAGCGCGCGAGGCGAGGCGAAUGUGCCCGAGCGAGAGGGAUGACCCACGUUAAGGGAUCGAUUGAGAAAAGCCGGGCCGCGGGCGAGAGAGAGGCACAGUGCGCGUGGUGUAUGUGUGCGAAAGAGAGAGAGCGAGCGACAGGGGAAAAGGGUAACGAAGAAACGCUGAGGGAGAUAUAGCGAGCCAUUAAGCGAACGCGACGCGGUACUUCGGGGAAGAAUGCUUUCUUCAUCUUCUUUCUCAUUUUUUUUUUUUUCAUCUUUCAAGAACAAAUGUCAUUUAAAUGCGAAUCCUCCGUGCUCUCCUUUUUAUUCAACGCCGAGUGAAAUGCGGCGAUUACUCGUGGCGGCCAUUUUGAAAUCCGGGAUAGUGUCUCCUUUAACACCGUCCACGAUUAAACGGAAUUAUCGGGAACGAUUGGAAGUGGUGUUAAGGCGAUGCGAAAGUUACGUCGAGGAGGCCUCGUUUAUGAAGCUUGCAAAUUGGGUUUGCCGAAUCAUAUUAAAUUUACAUCGGGGAUAUGGAGGCUAUAAGGAAGGUCCUGACGCCCAUAAAGUUUCAAUUUUUUUAAAAUUUGUUUAUUGAUAUCUUCAAGAUUUUUUUAUAAAAAAAUGAAAUUUCAUGAGCCUCCAGACCUUUGUUGUUAGCCUACGUAUUCACUUCGUAAAGUUUGAAACGAUUCGGUACACCUAGUUCGGAGAAAAGCUUCAUGCACGACUAACUCCUCGGAUACCGCUUUCACGUCCCCUUAAGAGAAAUUGAAAAUGCCCCGCUUCUUAACACAUUGCGUACAGGUCACGAGAUAUCUCGUACAUAGCAAAUCGAAACUUGUGGCCGGGUUACGAUAUACCUCGUAACCCGGUCACGAGUUAAAAAAUGUGCGGACCCUGGAAGCGCGUUGAGCGAGCAGAGUGCCGUACGCAAUGUGUUAUUACUGAUCUUAUAAUUUCUACCACCAGAGAGCGCGAGAACUCGCAUUUCACCCGCGAAAACGAAGACUGGACGUUCACGGAGAGAAGGAGAGGAAAGGAACUCACGUACACACACACUCACUCUCACACACACACGCAAAGUAAAAGUAAUACAGUAAGUCGAGCAAUGUAAGUGAUAUAUAAUCUAGAGAUAGAGAGACGCGUUCGUGUAAAUUCGGCGUUCGUUCGAGAUGCUAAUUCUCCAUACCGAGAGCACACACACCUACGACGGAGCCUAUCGUAAUUUUUAUGAUAAUAAUUAAAUAUCGCCUAAUUAAUACGAUUACGAUUACGGAAAACGAGAGAAGGGGAGGGAGGAAACGGAGCCCGCACAACCACCGCCACACUACCGACACAAACUACGAGCCACCGACUUAAGGGGAAAGAGGCAGAGGAGGGGGAGGGAGGGGGAAAAAGAAAACAAGAAAAUAAGAAAAUUAAUAAACAACGGCACCUUUUUCAAGUUUUUCAUACGAUGUUUCUACGUUUAUACGGAUCUCUCGCGACGUUAAAAAGUAAUUGCGUAAACGAGUGAUUUUUUUAUCGAAGCCGUAGCGUAGGGAUAUAAUUAAACUUAACGAACACAAACACGCCAUUCUAGAUACGCUCUCCGGGUCGGAAUAUCUCUAAGCGUUUUCGAGCCGACAUUGAUUUUAAAACGACACACCCUCACACACACAUACAUUUAAAUAUACGUAAGGAGGGAAGAAUGGAAAUUAAAAGUUGUAUAGUAAACCCACUGUAAUGGAAUUUAAUCAUCGUCCGUGGGAAUGAUGUCUACAACGAAAUUCGCCGUUUUCUCUCGAGAAUAUACGUGUAAGACUACCCUUCGACAAGAGCGGACCUUGUUUUAUUUCGAUUCUCGGACACGACUGUUUUGCGCAUCCAACACUGUCAAUGGUUCUCUUUGAGGCCAUCCACGAGGCAACGAUUCGAGCUCGAAUUUGUCCCGUUUGCCUACCCGUCGUCGUGGUAAGACUUUCUUUUCUUUUUGGAAGUGAGCGUUUGCCUCGCGGAUGCUUCAACGCGAGAAGAAGAAAAUACAGUCUUCGGUAUCUUUGAUCAGCAGUUAUAAUAGUAACUAAACUAUUCUACAUUUAUCUAUAACGUAUAAUAAACUGUGAAACAAGUGUACGAUA